GGAGGGGAUGCUGCCAUAGAUCACAGUCAGUGUUGGCUUUAUUGAUUAGUAACACAAAUGUUCCAGCCUCAAGAAAUCUCCAAAACAUCCCUUCCCAUCUUUUCUUCUGUGUUUGGUUUUAUUGCUCAUUUGGAUUUCUGACUUCUCAGAUGUCUGUCUCCUUGCCUGGUCAUCUUCUCCUUCUGACCCUACAGGACAACAGGAGUGCGCUGGAGGGAGGAGAGCGACUUCUCUGGAAGAGCAGCGGGCAGAGCCCAGCACACAGACAGACACGUUGGGUUCAGUCCCCUUGGCCCCUGUGUCCAUCCCAGAGGGCAGCAGCAGAGACCCGGCCCCUCGCUGCCCUCUGUGGCCACAGCUGGCUCCCAUUCCACCCACAGUUUGUUUUCUCUUCCCCAGGGGUGAAUUGCCACCUCUUUCUAGCUGGACACAGGAGGGCGAGCUGAAGGGAAAAGCCCCGAGAUCCCACUGCUGACACCAUGGCCUCAGAAGCUGGCAACGUCGACCCAGAGAGUGAAGGCUUUCUUCCUGCCAUUGGGUUCUUAGAGGACCCAAUGGACAUAGAGAAUCUGCAACACAUGCUGAGUGGUGAAGCCUGGGAGAGAUUUGUGGCUGCAUCGAAAUUGCCCAGGGAGGAGGCGGAUGCGCUGUAUGAAGACUUGAACCUGCUGAAAGAACUCAUGGCCGUGAAGAACAAAGAUAAGCCGUCACAGGACCAGCUGCUUAGGGAGAUGGUUCUGAAGGAGUUUCCUCAGGUGGAACAGGAGCUCUCGGAGCGCAUAAGGAAGCUCCACGCGCUGGCAGACAGCGUUGACAAGGUGCACAGGGAUUGUACCAUCUCUAACGUGGUGGCCAGUUCCACUGGCAUUGUGUCUGGCAUUCUGACCAUCGCUGGCCUGUCCCUGGCACCUGUGACAGCAGGGGCCAGUCUGGUGCUUGCAGCAACUGGGGCAGGACUGGGGGCAGCAGCUGCUGUGACCGGUGUAUCCACCAGCAUCGUGGAAAUCUCAAAGAACAAGUCAGCAAAAGCCACAGCCAGUCACCUAAUGUCAGAUGCCAUCGACAAUAAUGAGCUGGUUAUUGAGUGUUUACAUCACAGCACACCCAGAAUUGCUUCCUUAUCAAAGUGCAUCGAGCACGUGCAGAAAAUUGUGAAGAACGUCCAUGCCUUCAACGUGGUCAAAGCCAGGCCUCUCUUAGCAGUGAAAGCCAAGGAUUUCAUGACUGCAGGGAGUAUGUCAAUCCGAAGCAGCAGGCAGGUACAGAAAGCUUUUGGUGGCACUGCUCUGGCAAUGACCAAAGGAGCCAGGGUGUUUGGUUUGGUCACUGCAAGUGCCUUCCUUCUGGUGGAUGUGUACACCAUUGUGAAGGAGUCAAUGCACUUGCAUGAGGGGCCAAAGGCAGAGCUGGCUGAACAAUUGAGGGAGCAGGCCCAGGGGCUGGAGAGGAUGCUGAAGGGACUCAGGGGGAUUCACAAGAUUCUGCAGGAUUUCAUGUGCUGCAAGGAUGAUGUACACAAGCUGGAAAAUUGUAAGCAGGCCCUGGAGGAGCUGGUGGAAGAAAUGAAGACCCAGCUCGAGGAGCUGGAGGACCAGCUUCAGGCCACUGAGGAUGCCAAACUUUGUCUGGAAGUGAACCUGCAGGCCAUGAAAGCCCGGUUCAAGCGGGACCUGCAGGGCCGGGAUGAGCAGAGUGAGGAGAAGAGAAAGCAGCUGGUCAGACAGGUGUGGGAGAUGGAGGCAGAGCUGGAGGAUGAGAGGAAGCAGCGCUUGAUGGCAAUGGCCACUUGGAAGAAGCUGGAGAUGGACCUGGAGGACCUGGAAGCCCAGAUCGAGUCGGCCGACAAGAACUGCUACAAGGCUACCAAACAGCUACGGAAUCUAGAGCCGCAGGUGAAGGACUACAUGCUCGAGCUGGAGGACAGGUGCACCUCCCUAGAGUCGAUGCUGGCGCCAGCCAAGGAGAACCAGGAGAAGGGGAAGAGCAUGGAGGCCAAGAUGAUUCAGCUGCAGAAGGUGAAAGACAACCUUCAGAAGGCCAAGCAGACCCUGGAGCAUAAGCGAAGGGAGCUGACUAAGGACAUGAAAAUUCUGCUGCAGGCCAAAGUGGACUCAGAGCACAGGUUGAAGAGAGUGGAGGCCCACCUGCAGGCGCUGCAGGUGAAGUUCAAGGCGGGAGCGCAAGAGUGCAGGCACUGGGGCCUGGGCGCUGCUCUCCACAGCUGCUCCUCGGUCUUGGCCCAGUUUGCCAGGACGGGUGUUCUUCUUCUUCUUCUUCUUCUUCUUCUUCUUCUUCUUCUUCCUCUUCUUUUUCUUUCCAUUUUUUCUUCUUCCAGUUUUCAAUUUUAAAAAGCCUUUCCUUCUGAAAGUGUUUUAAAAUACCAGUUUUUACUUAAGCCAGCCUUGAAGACAAGCACAAAAUUGACCAGGUUACUUUUUUAACCACCUCAACCGGAGCCCCCACCCCAUGGCAGCGCUCUUCUAGGUGAGAGCAGAGGGACUCUCAGACUCAGAAACACGACCUCACUUCCUGAGAGAGCCAGACCACCUUGUCCCGAGAGGAGAAAUACAUGCAGUCGCCGUUCUUACUGCUGACCCGCCCCAGACUCGCUUGUGGCUCACGGAAAAGCUAAUGUCUGCCCAGUUCAGGAUGUUUCUAUGAACUCAACUCCUACUUUCUCAGAAAUGGAAAGGCAGAACUCUUUUUCAUUAAAAACUAAAAAAGGAACAAUUUUCCACAAAAGGGCAGUUUCUGUUUGUAAUAAGCAUUUUAAAAUGUCUUUUUCCCUCUAGCUUUUAAGUCUCCUCCCUCCAAUACUGCGUUUUCCUCUACAAAACAGGUAUCCUUUUAUGCUGUUUUUCUUUUCCUAAAAAAAAGUACUGCAGCUUAAAGACUAAACAGUCCCAAGACUAGUGAUAAAUAUUUUUAAAAUUUUAAAGAUGAAUCACCUACAUUACCUUGAUUAAGUCAAAAAAUAAAAGCCAGUUGGCACUAAGAUGGCUCUUUCAAGUGUUUAAACAAUUUUAAAAGCUGGCCCUGGCUGGUGUGGCUCAGUGGAUUGAGCAUGGGCAUGCAAACCAAAGGGUUGCAGGUUCGAUUCCCAGUCUGGGCACAUGCUAGAGUUGUGGGCCAGGACCCCAUUUGGGGGCAUGUGAGAGGUAGCCACAUACUGUUUAUCUCCCUCUCGUCCUCCCUCCCUUUUCCUCUCU